UCCUCUGAUCCUGCAGUCAGACAGAAAUGUGACGGUGAACGCAAGAAACAACCUUGGUCAGCUAACAGGACAGCUCACUGUGGGCUCAGAGAUGGUGGAGGCCCAGUGUCAGAGGUUCGAGGUGAGGAGUCCGGACGGGGAGCGGGUGCUCUUCUCCGCUGACGAGAAGGAGAUCAGCAUCGGCACUGAGAAACUGAGGGUGACAGGGAACGAAGGUGUCGUCUUCGGACAUUCAGUGGAGACAUCCCACAUCAGAGCAGAACCUUUCCAGGAUCUCAAGCUGGAGUCUCCCACCAGGACCCUGAGUCUGGAGGCUCCCAGAGGGGUAGAGGUCAACGCCGGGGUGGGUGACUUCAAGGCCUCCUGCCGGAAAGACCUGUUGCUCCAGUCGUCAGAAGGAGAGAUCUUUUUAGAUUCCAACACAAUUCGGCUGGGGAACAUUCCCCACGGGACAGCGGCAGACCCGCUGCACGGGGCGCCGGGCACCACGUACCCCAAACAGACUGUGUACGAGCUGUGCGUGUGCCCAAGCGGCAAGCUCUACCUGUCCCCGGCUGAGAAGGGCUCCACCUGCCAGACGACCAGCAACGUGUGUCUGUGGAGCUGAGAGAGGGGGGCCAGCGGACCGCUGAACACCAGAAAGGCCUUCCCCUCAUUAGGAUCCCAGGAUACCAGGACCCCAACAGACCCUGAUCCGCAUCCAUACUGUUCCCCAUCCAUCGAUAGAUUUACUUUUUUUGACAGACUUUUUUUGACACUUCAUUUUCUUUCUU